CUCGGAGAGAAUACAACCGGCGUAUAGGUCGAAGAAUGUCUGCGUGCUCUCUUCUGCCCUCAGUAUCUCGUGAAUAGUCGUCGGAUGAGGAGCACUAUAGAAACAUUCACCAUCCCUCCCUUUUUUUUAAACAUCCGUUAAUCAUGUGUCGAGCGCACCUCAUCCAAUCACCACACUUGUUUUCUCAUUGAAACGAUCCUCCCCCUCGUGACACGCGGAAACGUGAUCAGAAACUCAUCAACUCUUCAGCCCUCCAAGAAUAUAAUAGAAGCAGAAAAAUUUACAAAAAAAAAGAAUGUAAAAAAAAUUUUAAUAAAUAAAAAAUAAACCACUUUAAAAAACAGAAAUUUUGCAUUCAAAUGUACCGUCUACCUUGAAAAAAUGUAAUAUUUCUUGUUUUUUCUGAUUAAAGAAGUUUUUUCUGAAUUGAAUACAAAGUGAAUGUAAAUUUUUUUUUCCUGCCAGUGAAUAUCAAAAGAAGUUCCCGACUCGAAAGAAGAAAAAUAAUGUUGAGGAAGAUUGUUGUGCGUGCAUAUCGUGGGACAAGAACAGUGGAUGAAUAAUAAUAAAACUUGCGGGCAAAAUAGUUUUAUUUUAAAAUUGUGUGAUGUUGAGUUUUGAUUCGAAAGUUGAGGGAUUGAUGAAGAAUUGGAAGAUGUGGUGGUUAAUAGUGUUGAUGUCAGUGAGGACAAUUUGGGGAGCACAUGGAGCUUGUGAACCAAUUAGAAUAGAAAUGUGCCGGGGACUUGGAUACAAUGUGACUGCAAUGCCGAAUUUGAUUGGUCAUGAGGUACAGGGUGAUGCUGAAUUCACGCUACAGACGUUCAGUCCUUUGAUUCAAUACGGAUGCAGUGCCCAAUUGCACCUGUUUCUCUGUUCCGUUUAUGUACCCAUGUGCACGGAAAAAGUACCAUCGCCAAUUGGACCAUGUCGAGGACUCUGUGAACAAGUUCGCGCACGUUGCUAUCCAGUACUUCAAGGUUUUGGUUUUCCUUGGCCUGCGGCAUUAAAUUGCUCUAAAUUUCCACCUCAAAAUAAUCAUCAGCAUAUGUGUAUGGAAGGACCCGGUGAACCUGGACCUGCGAUUCCAAUUCAGACGAUUGGUGCCGGCAAUGGACCUUGGGGUUGUUCGUGGUACGCCAAAUCUGGUCUCUAUAUCUUUUUAAAUCGCUCCGGGAGAUGCGCGGCCGCUUGCGAUGCCGAUAUUCUUUGGUCACAAAGGGAUAAGAAGAUAGCUGAGGCAUGGACCGCAGCAUUUGCAACAGUUUGCCUUUUCUCAGUUGCCAUUGCAAUAUUCACUGCGCUAAAACCGCGAAAACAAUACGGAACAACCAACACAGCCGAGAAAGCCAUCACGUGUUUGGCCGUAUGCCAUGCGGUUGUCGCAGUUGGUUACGUGAUUCGAUUAGCUGCUGGACGAGUAGCUGUCGCGUGCACGCAAGCAAUUCCUUUACACUCUCAAGAUCAAGUGAUCAUCGCUCAGCAUCAACAGCAGUAUCUCACUCAGGACGGUCUUGAUAAUCCUUAUUGUGCCAUUGUCUUUUUGAUGCUCUACUAUUUUGGUGGUGCCGCUAGUGUUUGGUGGGUGGUAAUUUGCGCCUGGUGGUGUAUAGUGGCGAGAAAAUGGACUAAAUCACCGGAUAAUUGUAAGGAAAAUGGAUUUGGCUUGCAACAUGGAUUUUCAACUGUGGGUUCGGUUGCAGCUUGGGGACUUCCGGCUGCGCAUACUAUUGCUGUUUUAGUAACGAGAGACGUUGACGCUGAUGAACUCAGUGGCAGCUGCUUUGUUGGACAACAGAGUACACGAUCACUGCUGGUCCUCGUACUAGCUCCUCAGUUUGUCUACUUAACAUUGGGCUCCACCUUCUUUCUCGUUGGAACUGCCGCUCUUCUAUUCCCCCGUCCCUCAGUCAGUCCAAGUCAAGUACUAAAAACCCUCCAGCCAAAUCCACUCAUCAGAAAUCAACGCGAUGGCGCCAAAUCACCAGCCGAACUCUACAAACGUCAAAAGAAACUUGUCAUCAGAAUUGGCGCCUUCAUUUGCUUCUACGGUCUCGUUAUGAUCUGUCUCACCUGCACCAUAUUCUACGAGUGGUGGGGACGGGAUUCAUGGCUCAGAGCACCGGAACCAACAAAAGAGCCUAAAGUCACGUCAAAACCACUCCUCCAAGUCUUUAUUCUUCGAAUUAUUGUCUUUUUGGGUGCCGGUGUAAUUUCAGCUGCUUGGAUUUGGUGGCCAAAUGCCAUAAGUGUUUGGCGACGUUUCCCCCCUUGUAAACAACCGCCACAUAAGUGUCAUCCACAUGCGCAUGCAGUACCAGUGCCCGUUGUCAGAUGUUACAGCACUGGUUCCACUACUCCCACUCCUCAUCAGUUGCAUCAUCUCGGCAGACUAUCGCCCCCCCAGCAUCCGUUACUGCAUCAACAUCCAAUUGUCAUCAACAGUCAAAUGCCGCACAGAAGUCACAAAAAGCAUAGAAAACAUCGAAAACAUCACAGUGGAAGUGAGACACGUGUUUGAGAAGAGGGGGAAUGUGUAAUUUUUGAUCUCAAACUUGGAGAGGGAAGACUCAAGAAAAUUUUUUUGGAAUUUAAACGUUUUAAGGGGGCGACGCGACGGUUAUAGAGCCGUCCCUGGAUUUUCUCUGUGAUUAGUCCAAUCUUUCGAGUUCGGCGAAUUUCUAUAAGAAAAGGAAAAGGAGAAAAAAACCCCUCUUAAAUUACGUAUUCUCUCCGUUUCUAAAAACUUUUUUUUCAAUAAAAAAUUGAAUAAAAUAGAAAAAAAAAUUUUUAAAUUCAGGGGAAUUAAAAAAAAGAAGGGGCCCCGAUUCUAGAGCCGUCACUGGAUUUGCUUGAUUGGCCAAUCACAACAAGACGUUUUUAUUCUACACUUUUUUGUGCAAGAAUUAAAAAAAAAAUAAAAAGCUUUAGGCCCCUGGAUUUUGAGAGACGCUCCUGACACACUCGCUGUGAUUGGUCAGUUCUCUAACGGUUUUUCUCAAACACGCCUGCGCCUAGAGAUAUUACGCUCAAGAGGAAAUUUGUUUACUUCUACGACUGUCGUGUGAAAAAAUGUCUAACGAUAAAUUUCCACCAUCUUUAAUUCAGUGCCAAUAUUGUAAAUAUAUGUUAAGUUGAAUUUUUUUUUUUUUUGUAAAAUAUGGUUCAAAAUAUGUAACAUUUAAUUUAAAUGAAGAUAAAAAAAUACUGCCAGUUUUUAAGUACAAACAAAAAUAUU